CUGGAGGACGAGGACUAUCCGACAGUAGACGACGAGGAUGUGCUGGCAUAUCUGGAGGCGGAGAACGACUAUUUCGACGUCUCUAUGGAACCCUAUCAGGACCUGAUUGACAGCAUCUACAAGGAGAUCGAGGGGCGCCAGCCGGCGGAACUGACCAGUCUGCCCCGAAAGGGCGGGGACUGGUAUUACCAGUGGAGGUAUGGUGAGGGGAGCCAAUACCGCCAGUGGCUGCGCUGGCCGGCAUCCGGCCCGGAUGCGAGAGAGGGUCCCACCGACAACUCCCAGGUGUUCCUGGACGAGCCGGCGUUGGCGGAGGGCCUGGAAUACUUCCGCCUGGGAUCCCUUUCGGUUAGCAACGUCGGCUCCAAGGUGGCCUACAGCACCGACACCAACGGGUCAGAACGGUACACCCUCGUGGUAAAGGACCUUGUGACAGGGGAAUUGCUGCCAGACGAGAUCGAGGAAACGAGAGGAGGGGCCGUCUGGUCCAGCGACGACUCAUCCUUCUUCUACACUUCGCUGGACGAUACCGGGCAUCCGUUUCAGGUGCGGCGGCACAUCGUGGGUGGCCCAGUCGAGGACGAUGCGGUGGUUUACGAGGAGACCGACCCGGGAUUCUUCGUCUGGGUAACAGGCACCAACUCCGAGGAAUACGUCAUCAUCGGAGGGGGUGACCACGUGACUUCUGAGUACCGGCUGAUCGAUGCGGACGACCCGGCAGCCGAGCCAGUCCUGGUGGCUCCGAGGAGGGAAGGCCACGAUUACUCGAUUGACCACCAGGGUGAUCGCUUUGUCAUUAUGACCAACGACAAACACCAGAACUACCGGAUCGCCACUGCGCCCGAAGGCGACCCCACGGAGACGGCCUGGGAGUCCAUUCUGGAUGGCACAGACUCGCUAUACAUUCAGUACUUUCACGUUACGGAGGAUUACAUCGCUGUCGAGGAGCGUGUCGAUGGCCUGGACCAGGUGCGCAUCAUCGAUCGCAAUGACGAUCAGACGCACAUCCCAUUCCCUGAGGAGGCCUACACAGCCUACAUCCAAUUCGAUCCCGAAUUCGGCGUCAACACUCUCCGGCUCUCGUACACGUCCAUGACCACACCCUGGACGGACAUCGACUAUCACAUCGACACGAAAGAGCUCGAGGUUCGUAAGGUGCAGGAGAUUCCCAGCGGGUACGACGCAUCGCAAUUCGUUACCAUCAGGGAACUGGCCCCCGCGAGGGACGGCGUGAUGGUCCCCGUUUCCAUCGUACGCCACAAGGACACGCCGUUGGACGGUUCGGCGCCCCUGUAUAUCUACGCCUACGGCGCCUACGGCAGUGCCGUUUCCCCGUACUUCUCAUCUGCCCGCCUGUCCAUGCUAGAACGAGGGUUCAUCUUCGCCAUCGCCCACGUCCGGGGCGGAGAUGACCUGGGUUACCACUGGUAUGAGGCCGGCAAGCUGUUCGAGAGAACCAACACCUUUAACGACUUCGUCGAUGUGGCGCGCCACCUUACAGACAAGGGGUACGGGUCGGAGGGGCGGAUCGCCAUUUCCGGGGCCAGCGCGGGCGGGACCCUGAUGGGGGCGGUGGUGAACCAGGCGCCGGACCUCUGGGGCGCGAUGGUCACCCAGGUCCCCUUCGUGGAUGUCCUGAAUACCAUGCUCAAUGCCGACCUGACCCUUGACACCGCCGGAGUGGCCUGA